AUGGGCGUUCGAUAUUUGGAGGCGAAAGUCGAUUCAAUGAUCAUGGACGUGAUCGAGUGCCACGAAACAGAAAUGGUUGACCCGCUCAUACCCAACUUGAUGGGAAAUGGUGAAGAAGAAGAUGAUAUUUUCGCAAUCCAAGUUAGCUACUUUAACUGCGGAGGUAUCGCAAUUGGCACCUAUGUCCCACAUAAGAUUGCAGACGAGGUCUCAUUUUUCUCAUUCAUGACGUCGUGGGCUGCCAUAUCUCACCAACACGAUAACAUGAUUAAUAUCCUUAAGCCGAGCUUUCCCUCAUCAUCCCUUUUCCCUCCAAAUGAGAAACACGAUUGCAAUCCACUAUCCGAAGUCUGGAAAGAGACCCUUGUCACCAGGAGGUUUUUUUUUACGCAAGCGGUGAACCUAAGGAGCCGAAUGGUGCCUCCAUUGUCAGAGCAUGCAAUUGGUAAUCUCGUCGUUCUGGCAUAUGCAUAUUGCAGCUACGAAUACUCGAAUGAUUUAACAAUGAUGAGAAGGAAGGUGAGGGAAGGGAUUCGUAGACUUGACGACGAGUACAUAAGGCGUGUUCGAGGGGAUUAA